AUGAGGAUAAGAGAACCAAAAACUGCAGCUUUGAUCUAUACCUCUGGAAUGGUUAACACAGGUGCCAAAAGUGAACAACAGAGAAAACUGACUGCAAGGAAGUUUUUCCUUGGGAGUAUGGUCAAGCCAAGUUUAGCUGGAUUUAGUAGUCCAGCAACUUCCUUAUGUGGCAUUCGUGCUAAUUCUCAGAGCUAUCUCUGUCUUUUAGAAUGGUGUUUGAAUUCUAGGUCCCUUUUAGAUUCUAAAAAGCUUCAUUGCAUGGUUUUGAAACUCCGUUUUGAUGGAGUACUCUGUGAUGGACAUGAUGCUUAUCUUGCAUGUGGUGAUUUGAACUUGGCAGUUAAGAUUCAUGAAAAUAUGCCUUACAGAAGUGUGUCUUUGUGGAACAAGAUCAUUGAUGGGUUUCUAGCAAAGAAGUUGACAGGUCAAGUACUGGGUCUCUUCCGUCAAAUGAUAGCUUCUAAAGUUUACCCUAAUGAGACCACAUUUGCUGGGUUGUUGAAGGCAUGUCGUGGUGGUAAUGUUGGUAUCCACUAUGUUGAACAAAUUCAUGCUAGGAUAAUUUAUCAUGGAUUUGGUGCUAGUUCACCCGUGUGUAAUCCCUUGAUUGAUUUAUAUUUUAAAAACAGGCAUGCAAAUUCUGCUAAAAAGGUCUUUAGCAAAUUGCAUUCGAGGGGAAGUGUUUCUUGGGUGGCUAUGAUUUCUGGUUUAUCUCAAAAUGGUUGUGAAAAGGAAGCUAUUCUCCUAUUCUGCCAAAUGCAUAUAUUGGGAAUCUCCCUUACUCCAUAUAUAUUCUCAAGUGCUCUAAGUGCCUGCACCAAGAUAGAGCUAUUUGCCAUGGGAGAGCAGAUUCAUUGUCUUGUUUUCAAGGGAGGAUUUUCUUUGGAAACAUAUGUGUGCAAUGCCCUUGUAACACUAUAUGCCCGCUUGGGGAACCUAAUAUCAGCUGAAAAAAUUUUCCACACAAUGAGUAACAGGGAUGAAGUUUCAUAUAAUUCACUCAUCUCCGGUCUAGCUCAGCAUGGAUUUAGUGAUAGAGCUCAGGAAUUGUUCAAGAACAUGCAGCUUGAUUGCUUAAAACCUGAUUGUGUCACAGUAGCAGGUCUUUUGAGUUCCUGUGCAUCAGUUGGAGCAUUGAAUAAAGGAAGACAACUACACUCAUAUGCAAUAAAAGAAGGAAUGUCUUCAGAUAUUAUCCUUGAAGGUUCGCUGCUUGAUCUUUAUGUGAAAUGCGCUGAUGUCAAAACUGCUCAUGAGUUUUUCCUUGCGACAGAGAAAGAAAAUGUGGUCCUAUGGAAUGUUAUGCUGGUUGCUUAUGGACAGUUGGAUGAUAUUGACGAAUCAUUCAAGAUUUUUAGGCAGAUGCAGAGAAAGGGCAUGAUUCCUAAUCAAUUCACCUAUCCAAGUAUUUUAAGAACUUGUACCUCUGUUGGAGCUCUUGAUCUAGGAGAGCAGAUUCACACUCAAGUUAUUAAAAAUUGUUUUCAGCAUAAUGUGUACGUGUGCAGUGUGCUUAUCGAUAUGUAUGGCAAGUAUGGAAAGCUAGAUACUGCGCUGAGAAUUCUGAGAAGGCUUACAGAGUAUGAUGUUGUUGCGUGGACAGCUAUGGUUGCAGGGUACAUGCAGCAUGAUUUGUUUACUGAAGCUCUUAAGAUUUUUAAAGAAAUGCAAUACCGAGGAAUCCAAUUCGACAACAUAGGCUUUUCAAGUGCAAUCAGUGCAUGCACGGGUAUUCAAGCACUCAAACAAGGAAGACAAAUCCAUGCUCAGUCGUAUGCCUUUGGCUAUUCUGAUGAUCUUUCAAUCGGCAAUGCUCUUGCUAGUCUCUAUGCCAGGUGUGGUAGGAUACGAGAAGCAUACCUAGCAUUUGAGAAAAUUGAUGCUAAAGAUAAUAUAUCCUGGAAUGGGUUGAUAUCUGGGUUUGCACAGAGUGGAUACUGUGAGGAGGCACUGCAAGUAUAUUCUCAGAUGAAUGAGGUUGGAGUUCAGGCUAAUUUAUUCACCUUUUGUUCUGCAGUUAGUGCAGCUGCUAAUUUAACAAAUACAAAACAAGGAAAGCAAAUCCAUGCUAUGAUUGUAAAGACUGGAUACAUUUCAGAAAUAGAGGUCUCAAAUGUUUUAAUUACGUUGUAUUCGAAGUGUGGAAACAUUAAUGAUGCCACAAGAGAGUUUCUUGAAAUGCCUGAAAAGAAUGAGGUUUCUUGGAAUGCCAUGAUCACUGGCUAUUCUCAACAUGGAUGUGGGGUUGAAGCACUUGCUCUUUUUAAGCAGAUGAAACAACUUGGUCUGAUGCCAACUCAUGUCACCUUUGUGGGUGUAUUGACUGCCUGUAGCCAUGUAGGUUUGGUGAAUGAAGGGCUUGAUUACUUUGAAUCUAUGACAAAAGAGCAUGAAUUAGUUCCUAAGCCUGAACAUUAUGCUUGUGUUGUUGAUCUUCUUGGUCGAGCUGGACGACUGAGCGAUGCAAGAAAAUUUAUAGCAGAGAUGCCUAUAAAACCAGAUGCCAUGGUUUGGAGGACCCUUUUAAGUGCUUGUAGGGUUCACAAGAACUUAGAAAUUGGAAAGGUUGCUGCCUGCAACCUUCUAGAGUUGGAACCUGAAGACUCGGCAACAUAUGUUCUCCUAUCCAAUAUGUAUGCUGUAACCGGGAAAUGGGAUCUUAGGGAUCAGACAAGGCAAUUAAUGAAAGAAAGGGGUGUGAAGAAAGAGCCUGGUCAGAGCUGGAUUGAGGUUGAGAACUCAAUUCAUGCAUUCUUUGUUGGUGACCGUCUCCAUCCAUCUGCAGAUAAGAUAUAUGAAUUCUUAGAAGAUUUGAAUAAGCAAGCAGCUAAAAUUGGCUAUAUGCAGGAACGCUAUAAUCUUUUAAACAAUCUUGAACAAGAACAGAAGGACCCAACAGUAUAUACUCACAGCGAGAAGCUGGCAAUUGCUUUUGGACUACUUAGUUUAACUAAUACAAUUCCUAUACACGUGAUUAAGAACCUCCGUGUCUGUAAUGAUUGCCAUAAUUGGAUUAAAUAUGUGUCAAAAAUCUCAAAUCGUGCAAUUGUGGUACGGGAUUCAUAUCGUUUUCAUCAUUUUGAAGGUGGACUAUGUUCUUGUAGAGAUUACUGGUAGAUUCGACUGUGGACAGGUGAUCAAGACGAGUUAAUUCAUAUCUUUGGAGCAUGAUUGUGCUCUCUAUUAUUGUUUCCUGUUAUAGAAGCCCGUUUUCCUUCCAGUCCGCUUGUCCAAGCAACCUGCUUCUUACUCUCAACAUCACAGGCGGUAGUUCUUUUGGGGUCAUAAUAUGAAAAUGGCAAUCACUCUCACAGCAAGCAGAAAAUUUGAUGCAAAAGUUAGUGCUGAUU